AUGCUGCGGACGGACUUAACCACGUCUUCCGGUGAGAGCUCGCGUGUUCACUUCAUCCGCGGAUCCUUUUCCGGUAGGGUAGCAAGAUGACGGGGUUCAGUGAAAAGCCAAUAUUGAUAGAUGGCCGCGGCCAUUUACUUGGACGUUUGGCAGCGAUCAUUGCCAAAACCAUUUUGGAAGGCAACAAGGUUAUUGUUGUACGUAGCGAACAAUUGAACAUCUCGGGCAACUUCUUCAGGAACAAAUUGAAGUUUAUGUCUUUCCUGCGGAAGAGAUGUAACGUAAAUCCUGCUCGUGGUCCGUUUCACUUCCGCGCUCCCAGCAAAAUUCUCUGGAAAACUGUUCGUGGAAUGAUCCCACAUAAGACUCAGAGAGGGAAGGAUGCCCUCAGGAGAUUGAAGGUUUACGAAGGAUGUCCACCACCCUAUGACCGAAGGAAGCGUGUUGUUGUUCCUGGUGCCAUGAGAGUCAUGUGCCUCAAGCCAGGCAGAAAGUACUGUCACGUGGGUAGAUUGUCUCACGAAGUAGGAUGGAAGUACAAGGCUGUAGUCCGUACUUUGGAGAACAAGAGGCGUGUCAGGUCAAUUUUGGAAGUUCAGAAGCGUAACAAACUUAAGAAACUUACCAAACAGGCUGGUGAAGCAGUCGCCAAAGCAACAACACCGUACACAGCGAUUAUUAAUAGCUUUGGAUACAAUUAAUAUACACGUUACAGAAACAAUAAAGUCUCUCAAACAUUU